AGGGGCGGCGCGCACCGGCCCCGCAGGCCCCGCAGGCCCCCGCGCCCUCCCCGCGCUGCAGGCCCCCCCCGCGCGGCCGCGCCCGCUGCUCUUCCCCCCCGGGGCCGGUGAGGUGCAGGGGAAGGCCCCGCUGCCUCCGGGGAGGGCCCAGGUACCGCGCCGCGGCCCGGCGGGACGAGCUGCCGCACUCGGAGCCCGCAGGGGCCGCCCCUCGGGGCUGAGGCGGCUGGAGCCGCCGGGCAAGGCAGACAUGGCUGAAGGCCUUUCCUGGGAGCUCGGGGUCUGCACGGGCUAAGGCGUGCCGGGCGCGGUGGGACAGUUGCUGUUGAAUUUCACUUUAAGGGGCCGGACAGAAAGCAGCGACAUGGAUGAUUUCCGCUCCAUCUGCCUGCUGUCCCUGGCCAUGCUGGUGGCCUGCUAUGUGGCAGGAAUUAUCCCCUUGGCAGUUAAUUUUUCCGAGGAGAGACUAAAGUUGGUGACGGUUCUGGGUGCUGGGCUGCUGUGUGGAACCGCCUUGGCUGUCAUCGUGCCAGAAGGAGUACAUGCACUUUAUGAAGACAUUUUGGAGGGGAAGCAUCACCCAGCGAGUGAGAUGCAGCACGUGAUUGAGUCUGAGAAGGUAGCAGAAAUCCCAGCUGUACACGAGUAUGGCCAUGACCAUUCCAAGUUGCAUGCCUACAUUGGGGUGUCCCUUGUCCUUGGCUUUGUCUUCAUGUUGUUGGUGGAUCAGAUAGGCAGUUCUCACAUGCACCCUGCAGAUGAUCCAGAAGCUGCAAGAUCAGGCAACUCCAAAAUCACAACAACGCUGGGACUAGUAGUCCAUGCUGCAGCUGAUGGUGUUGCAUUGGGUGCAGCAGCUUCUACUUCUCAGACUAGUGUCCAGCUGAUAGUGUUUGUUGCCAUUAUGUUGCACAAGGCACCAGCUGCCUUUGGCCUGGUUUCCUUCCUGAUGCAUGCUGGGCUGGAACGGAAUCGAAUUAGAAAACACUUGCUGGUCUUCGCAUUGGCAGCACCUGUUAUGUCCAUGGUGACGUACUUAGGGCUAAGCAAGAGCAGCAAAGAAGCUCUGUCAGAAGUCAAUGCCACCGGAGUUGCUAUGCUGUUUUCUGCUGGGACUUUUCUUUACGUUGCCACAGUUCAUGUCCUCCCAGAAGUAGGAGGAAUUGCUCAUAGCCACAAACCCGAAUCCACUGGAGGAAAAGGACUCAGUCGUCUGGAGGUGGCAGCCCUAGUAUUAGGAUGCCUUAUUCCUCUAGUUUUGUCCAUUGGACACCAUCACUAAAUGCUGAGUUUCACCAUUCUCCUCCUCGAUCUGACAUGAGCAGUCGAUGUCGGCUGCUCCCUUUAUCAUUGUCUCAUACCCAUCAUCCAUCCCAUCCACUUUACGGAGUUCAGAGGGAACUUGAUUGCAAAAUGAAGAAUACUGGGAAAGUUUUUAGCAUAGCAAAAUGUACUUUGGCAGCCGGACAUAAAUUCUAUGUAACUUUCUUUUCUGAAGACAUUUGCUAUAUUAUUGUUACUUCUGGCCCUAUUCUCAGGGAAGAUGGAGUUUGGAGUUUAAGAAAGGUGAGUGGGGAAGAACAUAGUUGACUCAUCAUGAAAUUGCAAUCACCAAAGUAUCCUGCAAUUCAGCUUUCACAGCUGAGAGCAAAAACAAAGGAUGGCUGCUUUGUGAGAGGUUGAAGUCUUACUAAUGAAGAAGGGGGCUCUCCCCCAUCGGUUCUAUAUUGUCCUGACAGCACAACAGGUCCUUGUGAUGCUUGUCACUAAUUGUAUUGCAAAAAUGGGCUACGCUCUGGACAACACUGCUAUUGUCACAGAAGUGUCACUGACAGGAAGGAAGUGAUGGAAACCAAGUGUAGGAUUAGAGUAGGAAAUCAGCUGGUUAAGAAAAGUGCAAAUGCAUUUAGCCGUGUAUUCCAUUAUUUAAGACACAGGAUAAAAGCAGAGAGAAUAAUGUUUUGAUUGUUUAUCUAAUCGUUAAUAAAUUUUUAAAAGGCAGUAUUUCUUGUGAGAUGGUCUUCUGCCAAGUCAGUAAACUGUGGGCAUAAAAAAUGUUAGCAGAAAUUAGGUAUUGGGUACUGGGAUUACAUUACUACCAUUGAGAGAGAUGCCCAUAAUGUCAUUUAAAAUCGAGCUGUUCUGGGCUCUGAGGAGUAGAAGUCUGAUGGAGAAGGCUGUUGAGGGACCAGAGAGCUUUGCUAGCUCAUUUUUCAAAAGUCAAAACUGCUGAGAUAAUUUGGGGUGUGCGGUUUUGUUUUUUCAUUAAAUAAAAGGUAUUGAGGCUAACCAAAGUAAGAUGUUUAACUAAAUAUUUAUGCUGCAGAUAGAUUACAAACUCUUUCUAAAGUAGUUCUGAACAAAAAAACCCCAAUAAACAGAAAACCAAACUGGUGGGUUCCCUAUUAGGUGUUUUGCCUGCCUUUGAGGCAUCCUGCAUUUCCUUUGGGAACUGUGCAUUCAUCUCUUGCUAAUAAGCAUUAUUUUUGGUGAAUCUACUGGAGGACUUGCUGCUGAUACCUGUUGCUGCAGAAGAGCGAUAAAAGAUCCCUCCCCUUUCCAAGGCACGGCCUUCUCUUGUCAGGCACCAUUUCUCUUAUGCAAAGUAUAUUAUACUCUAAUAACUGUGGUGCAUUGAAAAGUCAGGAAGGCUUGACAUGCGUAAACUCAACUUCAAAUUCUUUAGGCGAAAACCUUUUUAAUGCCAUACCCUUUUUAAGCUAGACUCUGUCUGCACUUUUAAAAUAUAAUAUUGCCAAUUAUAUUUUUCUUUUGAUUAUUUUUUUUUUUAAUGGAUUUUCAAGUCUUGAAAUACCUUCUUAACUGAAGUGCUUCUUGUUUCCAUUUGGGUGAAUGUGUCUGUUUGUUUUUCAUGCUGUUUAUUACUUAUACUACACAGGCCAUUGUGCCUCUUCUUUACAUUUUUGUCAUUGUCCUGUUUGUCUACUAUUUGGAUAGUGGGCAUGGCCUGGCCCUCGCACUGGUGAUUUCUGAGUCUGUUGGCUUUGUAACAAUGCAGGUCUAUCCCAGGUUUGAACCUAGUAUUGGUCUCCAGGUGUGCUUGUUCAUAUGUGUGUUUUAGUAUGUAAAAUCAAUGCAAAAUUAUUAGAAAUCAUCUUUUCCCACAAGAGUAUUUUUGAUAGAAUUAGUGUAUCAGGCCUAAACAAGCUUUUUUUACGUUAGACCUUCAAAUGUUAAUUCUGUUCUGACGAGCCACUGCAAAAUUCAUAGCAUGGAUAAGAUCCUCUCCUCUACAUUCUUAAACCGCCUCUUUAUUUUUGUACAACAUACAUAUGCAACUAGUAAGUUAACUGUUUAAAAUGUUCAGUGAUACAGGUUACUGACAUGGGUGAAUAAUACAUAGGGAUGUUUACACCAGAGCUCCCAGUGUUCUUCUUGAUUUUCCUCUCAUUACCUUCUUCCUUGAUAAUCUCACUAUUUUACCUUGCUUAAUGUCUCCACACAAACGUUUCCAAAGGCUGGAGAGUUGACAAGAUCUGCAGCAGAAGCAGGGGAUAGCUCACAUUUUGUAAAAAUGUAAGUUUUCUUCUGUAAACUAUCAUCUGUCACUUGCUGGCACACCCCAGCCCUCUGGUUAAGCUGGCAUCCUGACUGUGUUCCACUGCAUCCUCAUUUUGUGUAGAACAGUAGCAAUGGCUUAGGCAGGUCUGUGGGUCAGGUCCUAUCUCAUGCUUUUUGAAUCCAGUGUGGGAGCAUGUGGAUAGUACCCUUUUCUACAGAUCAGUGUGUAUUGAUGAGCAUGUGGCAGCCAUCCUUUUUGCUGCUGGUGUCACCUCUGGCCUGUCACUCAUUAAGAGGUGCCGCUGACGAGAGGUCUUGUUUUUCUCUUCUCCUGUCCUUCAGAUCAUGUUUCCAAUUUCUGGGCCAGUCACCACAAAUGAUAAUACUCAGUUUAACAGUUCAUCAACCGUAAAGACCAAGUUAUAGCAGCAGGUGAGGGAUUUUAAAUGAAAACAUUGGCAACUUAAAAUUGGCACAAAAAUUGUGGUAACUUGUACUUUUCAUUUUGGCACACAGGUGAUAGAAGACUGCUGUAAUUUAUUUUUUUCUUACCCUUUUAUAAAUAGCAAUAGCAUUGUCUUUUGGCUGCCUCUGUUAUCUCUUUUGAACUAUUAUUUUCAAUUCUGUAGCUGGAACUGCAGUGACUAAGGAAGCUUUUGGUUAUGUGAUAAGGAGAAUGUAAAAUUUUAAAUUAUCAGAUUUAAAUGAUCAAACCUUUCCAAGUAGAUUGUUCCCUGUGGAGGAUUAUUUUCUUGAAGGCAGAGUAUUUAAAUGAGUUAAAUAAAAUGGUCCAUUUUAUCAUAGCCCCCUUUUUACCUCUCUCCCCAUCUGUCACAGUAAAUCCAAGCAGUGUAUGCAGUCAGGACCAUCUGGUAGCAUUUUCUACUCCUCAGGGGGCCUUGGUGCAAACAAAUUCCUCUUUCUUUGUAGUAGCCAUCUCUGCCUGUGUUUUCUACUGUGAGGUAGGUGGCAGCAGGUCUAGCUGGUAAUGCUUUAACUAAGUGCCAGGCAUAUCCCCCUUUCCUUCUGGAAAUCCCUCUAGGAAACUUAUAAUUGUCUCAUCAACUGUUUUUUCAGUUAAUUAUUUCUUAAUUGGCAAUUGGAAUUAGGAGUAAAGUUGUUUCCAUUGAUCAUGGUGUGUUCAGAUACUUCCCUUACUGCUCUAAUUCUGUUAUUGUUCCUUAUACAAAGAAGGGAAAUGUCUUUUUUUCAGCACCUGAUGACAAGAUGCAGAAGCUGCUCUGACAGUAACUUAUGGCAGAGCUGUCACACUAAGACAGGAAUUUUUUAUAGUUGUAAGCACAGAAACCCACUAUUGACUUCAAGGAGCCAUUUCCAGGUGGAUUGUGUUAAAGGCUGAUCUUAUCCAAGAGACCCAGGAAGACAGCUGUUUAUUCAGGAGCUAGUUCAGAGCCUCCAAGGAGCUUUUGACAGUAGCAGAUGUGUCCUUGUGGUAUCAGCUCUAUGCAGAAUGCAAGAGAGAUGCUGUGGAAUAAAUGUUGCUGCUGCUCCCUUCCUGUUCUGUGCUGGGACUUGGGAAGAAAAGGGAACUGUAUUUGUAUUCGGGGUGUGGAAGGAGGAGGAGUGGUUACAGUGUGGUGGGAAAGUACAAUGAAUUUCAGAUUCCUGUUCUCCUCAAACUUCUUUUAAAAAUAAAAUAACUUUUUUCCUUACUGUCCUUUUGUUACAUCUCUUAGCAGCCUUGGCUUUCCAGGGAAAAAAACAUUUUGUGGUCAUUGCUGUUUACCUGACUCCAUGUAUGGAACUGUAAUUUAAAUGUCUUUCCAAACAAUUUGUACACAAAAUCAUUCCAUGAAUGGCUGCCUUAUAAUUUUUCCACUUUAAUUGUGAAUGGUUAAAAUAAUGUUGCUGUUUUAAAUUUGUUUUAUUAUAUUAAAUUUUUACUAGGUGCA